CAAAUCUCAGCUCGCCUACUCUUUUCUCUCUCUCUCUCUCUCUCUAAAAGCCCAGAAAAGCUGUGUGGGUUUCACUGCUGUUGAAGUAAAAUGCAGAAUCCUUCAGGAACCCUUUAUGGGGUCUUCUCCAUUCUCCUCAAAAUCACAUAAAAUCUUGUUUCUUUCCAGGUUCUUAGCCAUGGAAAAGAAUACGCUUUACUGUAUAUACUGAAAUUUCUUUUAAGGCAAUGUAGAAGAGAAAGUAGAUUCCUUUGCAGUCUCUGAGGAUGGUGGCUGCAUUUUCUCAUUCACCAACUCCUUCGCAGCCCCCUGUUGGAAUACCACAACAAGGAACAGCUACCCAUCAAGAAGAAAACCCAACAAUAACAACAGAAAGGCCUCCUCUUAAAGACAAUGGCUUCACUGUUCCAAGAAAACCCAGAGGCAGACAAGUUUCUUCCAGGUAUUUGUCACCCUCUCCCUCUCCUUCCACUUCUUCUUCUUCCUCUUCUUCUUCAGCAGCAACAACAACGGCAGCCAAAACAACGACUAGAUUUCCUUCACCUCUUAUCUCUCGUUCCACUAAUACUACAGCAAAGGGGAACAAAACGACAAAUAGAUUUCUUUCUCCGUUUAUUUCUCGUUCAACAAAUGCUAUUUCUACUUCCACACCGGCUUCGACGAUGCUGUCUUCGCUUCCUAAACGGUCUCAAUCUGUGGACCGGAGGCGGCCCGGGGGUCAAGUAUCACAAGGAAACAAUGUUAAUGACACCGAAUUGUCAGCUGCUACCAAGAUGUUGAUUACUUCAACGAGAAGUUUAUCCGUUUCGUUUCAAGGUGAGGCCUUUUCACUACCGAUUAGUAAGACAAAGGCUCAAGUGGGUUCUACUUUGACUAGGAAACCAACUCCUGAAAGGCAUAGAGCUACUCCUGUGAGAGAUCAUGGAGAGAACUCGAAGCCGGUGGAUCAGCACCGCUGGCCUGGGAGAACCCGGCAAGAGAAUUCUGGUUCAAAUCCGUUGUCUAGGAGUUUGGAUUGUAGUGGUGAAAGGAAGAUGUUUGGAUCUGGUGCAAUGCUGGCUAAGUCAUUGCAACAUUCAAUGAUGCUUGAUGAGUUUAGUAGGAGGGUUUCUUUUGAUGGUAGUAGUAGGUUGAGUUUGGAUUUGGGAAGUGCUGCCGAGUUGUUAAAAGAAGGUAAUAAGCAAAACCCAGAUGCCAAUUCUGUAAAUGAGGCUUCUUGUGUCUCUUGUGAUCUCACUGCGUCUGACACAGAAAGUGUGUCUUCUGGGAGCACCAAUUCUGGAAUGCAAGAAUGUGGAGGAAGUGGGAUUUCGAAAGGGAGGAAUGGACCUCGUAAUAUUGUUGUGUCUGCAAGGUUUUGGCAGGAAACUAAUAGCCGGUUAAGGCGGUUACAGGAUCCGGGUUCACCUUUGUCUACAAUUCCUGGGUCUAGAAUUGGUGCUUCAGCUAAGUUCAGUCAAUCAAGAAGGUUUUCUAGUGAUGGUGCAGUGUCUUCUCCGCGGACAAUGGCUUCUCCUAUUAGGGGAGGUACAAGACCUGCUUCUCCUAGUAAGCUCUGGACAUCUUUAGCUUCAUCUCCAUGGAGAGGGCUAAGUCCUGCUCGGGUGAGAAAUGCAGUUGGUCAGAUGAUUGGUAAUUCUGUUAAUACCCCUUCAAUUCUUAGUUUUUCUGUUGAUAUUCGGAGAGGAAAGAUGGGGGGUGAUCGGAUUGUUGAUGCACACAUGUUGAGGCUUCUUUAUAACCGUUACUUGCAAUGGAGAUUUGCAAAUGCAAGGGCAGAUGCUACUUUCAUGGUGAAGAAACUGAGAGCAGAGAAAAAUCUGUGGAAUGCAUGGGUAACAACAUCAGAACUGCGGCAUUCUGUCACCCUUAAGAGAAUCAAGUUGCUAUUGCUGAGGCAAAAAUUGAAAUUGACUUCCAUCCUGAAGGGACAAAUAGCUCAUUUAGAAGCAUGGGCCCUCCUCGACAGAGACCAUUCUAGUUCUUUGCUAGGAGCAACCGAAGCUUUAAAGGCUAGUACUCUUCGUCUUCCAAUUGUUGGGAAAACAAUAGCAGAUAUCCAGAAUCUGAAGGAUGCUGUCAGUUCAGCAGUUGAUGUGAUGCAGGCAAUGGCAUCCUCAAUAUGCUCACUAUCAUCAAAGGUGGAGGAAAUGAAUUCUUUAGUGGAUGAACUUGUGAGUGUGACUGCAAAGGAAAGGCUUUUGCUUGAGCAAUGUAAAGAUUUUUUGUCCACGUUAGCAGCCAUUCAGGUUAAGGACUGUAGCUUGAGGACACAUAUAAUACAACUAAAUCGUGUAUCCACACUACCAGCAGCCUGACAACACGUGUAGAACUGAUCUUCUUUGACUACUCACCCUAAAUGCUAACAUUACACCCCAAGCUCAUGUUUUCCAAUGGGUGGAGGCAGCACCGGACAAAAAUAAAGAGCGGAUUCAAUUUAGCUAGGUUUGGCUUCUCAUUUUAGCAGUUUUGGAACCAGUUAUCUUCUCUAGUCACGCAUGUAAUUUUUGCAUCUGAAGGUUAGAGUAAGUGGCGUUUCCUCUGAACUGAUUCUGUAUACAAGAACUAUUUCUGUUUUUUUUUUUUUUUUUUUGGUUAGGUGAAAGAAAGCAUUAAUGUAUAUGUAAAUAUGUAAGCUCAUCUGAUAACCCAAUUAUCAUGUAUUUCUUGGCCUACUUUGAUUAAUCAUCUAAAUAUGAUUUUGUUGAUGCUUUGUUCGAUCAAAGUCCAUUUCCAUUUUCUUCAAAUUCAUUGAACUGUAUUGGCGUUGAUGUGGUCAGUGUAUGUGUAACCCAAGAAUGAUUGCAUGAAGAGGAAACAUGCUUUCUUGCCCGAAUUAAGCAAACCUCCUUGAUCAAACAGCUCUCUGCCGAAAUUUCUUUUAUCGGAGGUUUUCUAACCAGGGUGAGAUGGGCACUGAGGGUUUCUCUAUCUGACAUGGAUAGUCAUGAUCAACGUACGAGGCUGAAAACAAAACAUAUGAUUCAUGAACACGAGGAAUAGUCACGAGGGACCUAGAGAAGGGUCGUCCUUUCCCAAUUUUUUUAAGUAUUCUCAUCAAAUUUUGAGGAAAUUUAGGUAGAAGUUUUAGUGGUAUUUGAG